AUGAACAACCGGGCGGGGCCCCCAGCCCCCUCCCCAACCCGGCCCUCCACCCUGGUCGGGGCUUCGACCCUCGCCCCAACCCCAACCCGAACCCCGAACCCAGUCAGGAUGUCGACUCCUGUCCAGAUCCCGACUCCGGUUGGAACCCAGGCCCCGAUCCGGGCCGCGAUCCCAGUCCGAACCUCCAUCCAGUCCCGGGCACCGAACCCAGUUCGGACCCAGGCUCCGGUCCGGUUCUCAGCUCCGACCUCAGCUUCAGCUCCAGCCCCAGCCAGGAUCCCGACCCGGGCUCCGGUCCCGAACUCAGCCAAGGUCCCGACCCGGACUCCGGUCCCGAACCCAGCCCCAACCCCAACUCCACCCCCAGCACCAGCCUGGGUCUGGACCCCGACUCCGGUCCGGUUCCCAGCCCCAGCCCCAACCCCAGCUCCAGCCACAGCACCGUCCUGGGUCCGGGCCCCGAUCCCCGCCGCGGUUCCGGCUAAGGAAUCGCCCGCGACCCCAGCCCUACAUUUGGAUCCGCCCGCAGAACCUGCUCUAGAGUCUCCUGCCGAGACUCCUGCGCCCACGCCGGGCCCAAAGCACUUCCCAUCCUUCAGCAGCCUCGCAGGGUCCGUCCGGGGACCCUUUCCCGCGCCCACUCCUUUGGCCUUUAACGUACAGAGAUCCACUGCGAAGGAAGACCUAGCAGCCACCCAGUCAACGGAUCCCCCCACUUCUGGACCCAUCCCGGGGACCAGCCGGCUGUCCAUCUCCAUUUCUACUAACGCAGUCGCCUCCACCAAUGAGAACUUCCAAAUGGAGAACAAGAUCUUGAUUCGAGUGACCUACUGUGGCCUCUGAAGCUAUAGCUUUCGGUAUAUACUACUGAAGAAGAGUCUGGAGCAGCAAUUUCCAAAUCUCCUGCACUUUGACGAGGAGGUAGCCCAGGCUACAGGGGAGUUUGAAGUGUUUGUGGAAGGGAAACUGGUCCAUUCCAAGAAGAAUGGUGAUGGCUUUGUGGAUGAUACCAGACUUCAGAAAAUUGUGAACGCUAUCGAUGAGAAGAUCAGGAAAAGGUAG